AUGCCAUCAAAAAAUAUAGUGGCUGUGAAAAAACUUCACCCGUUGUCUGAAACAGAAGACGGUAAAGGGUUUUUGAAUGAGGUAUUGACAAAAAUUCGACAUAGGAACAUUGUAAAUCUGUAUGGUUUCUGUUCACAUGCUCAACACUCUUUUUUGGUUUAUGAGUAUUUUGAAAGAGGUAGCUUGGCCACGGUCCUUAGCAGAGAUGAAGAGGCUGAAAAUGUGGAUUGGCCCAAAAGGGGACAUAUAAGCAACAAUAUUUUGUUAGACCCCGAGUAUGAGGCUCAUGUUUCAGAUUUCGGCAGUGCUAAGCUUCUAAAGCUAGACUCCUCGAAUUGGAGCACACUUGCAAGCACAUAUGGAUAUAUAGCACCUGAGCUUGCUUUCACAAUGAAGGUAACUGAAAAGUGUGAUGUGUAUAGCUUUGAAGUGUUGUCACUGGAAGUGAUCAAAGGAAAGCAUCCAGGCAAUGUCAUCACCUCGUUAUCAUUUUCAUCUAUUGAUCAGAAUAUAAUGCAACAAAAUGUGUUGGACCAGCGCAUUUCAGCUCCCUCAACCGAAGCUAAAGAGGUGUAG